AUGCUCCCAACAAUCCUCCUCCUCCUUCUCAGUCUCCUCAAAACCUCGACCGCAAAACUCCUCCUCGCAGUCUCUAUCAUUGCAAUUGCCAUCCUCCACGAGAUGAUCUCGAUCCUCAUUGACGACGACGCUCAAAAAUCCCGCAGGGAUAUACCUCCAUUGAUUGAGAAGCUGAGCGAUAACGACUGGCAUGAUAAGCGUGCAUGA